GGAAUUUCAGGGUGCAAAAGAACCAUAAUGAAGUGAGUCGACUGGUGUAUUGUGAACGUUGGUAAAUUUGAUCUGACAGAUUUGCAGCUGUCAGACAAUGACAGCGCGGGUUCACCAUUCAGCCAGCCGGACUCUUAUGGACAGAAAGGCACUGUAAACGCUACCCUUGCGUGAACUUGUCAUGAGAACUGUUCGCAGACACCGACCUACUACGGGCACCGAGCUGCUACUGGGACGCUGCAACCGACUUCGGAUGUCACGAGUCCGGGUGCUUCUCUUAUGUCUAUGCGGGAUGCUGGCAAUGGCUCUGACACUUGGUUUUUCUUUCUCGAGUAAUGAUACAAGCGAUGAUGAUAACGGUAUGAACGAUAUUAUACAAUUUCGUGUCCCCGACCUAAUGAGGGACAAGUUGACCCAUUAUCCACGUAGGUCCACUGUGGCACAGAUUAAGCGUCUGGUGAGCCAGGUAAAUUCAGGGAGGCUGUGGUACGCUCUCCUGAGGCCUAUCCUGGUUGAGAGACUGCCAGGGACCAGGGGCAGCCGAAGAGUGCGUGAGCACAUCUACAGCCAUCUAGAGUUCCUGUCGGCAGGUUGGUCGUUGGAGAUCGACUCCUUUAAAUCUCCUACCCCUAAGGGACUUAUCACCUUCUCCAACCUGCUAGCCGUACUGGACCCCUCAGCCCCACGCCGUCUGCUGCUGGCCUGCCACUACGACUCCAAGGCCAUGCCUCCAGCUUCCAAAACUCCAGAUGGGCCUCUCAGAAGGUUCCUAGGGGCCAGUGAUGCAGCAGUCCCCUGUGCCAUGAUACUGGAGCUGGUCACUGCUCUGGACGUCCAUCUGAAAGUGCUAAAACAACAAAAAUCUCAGGUGACAUUGCAAUUGGUUUUCUUCGAUGGUAAUGAGGCAUUUGAGCAGCAGAGCCCCUCUGACUCUCUGUACGGCUCACGUUACCUUGCCGACCAAAUGUCCCACACACCUCACCCCCCUGGAGCCCAACAUACUACCCUGUUACAUGCUUUGGACCUGUUUGUUCUGUUGGAUCUGAUUGGUGCUCCUGACCCUAUGUUUGUCAACCACUUUGACGAAACUAUGCGCUGGUUUGAUGAGUUAAUUUAUGCAGAGAGGAGGCUCCAUAAGCUGGGUCUGCUGUCCUCCCACCCCAGAGAGGUGACCUAUUUCAGGAAGGACAUUACCCUGGGCCCUGUAGAAGAUGAUCAUGUGCCCUUCCUCCAGCAGGGUGUUCCAGUACUGCACAUGAUCACUACGCCCUUCCCCUCCUUCAUGCACACUCUGGAGGAUACAGCAGAACACAUCCAUUCUCAAACUAUAGAGAACCUCACCAAGGUGCUAGUGGUUUUCUUUGCUGAAUACUUAGGACUUUGACUGUCAUUUUCUCCCAUUUUUAUUAAGUAUUACAGAUUGUAUGCCUCUUUCUCCCAACCUCCUACCUAUACCACUAGCCACUAUCCCACUUAGAUUUAAUCACGUCAUUAAUUAGUACCACAUCUGACAUGUGAGUAAAUAAUCAGACACUUUUAUCCAGAGCAACUUACAGUAGUGUUUUUAUACAUUUUCAUGCAUACUUUUUUGUUACUGGUCCUCUGUGGGAAACAAACCCUACAAACCCUGACGCUGCAAACUCCAUGCUCCACCAGCUGAGCUACAUGGGACUCACAUCACCAAGUCUUAAUACACCCAGUUUCUCCACAUCACCUACAGAACCUCAUUCUGUACCCAUGUAGUUGUAUUUUUUUCUUGAUCUGGAGCCACGUUGAAUACCAUAAAUACUAUAACGGUUGAAAUUUGGAAUGUUAUCAUAGAGGCCUUUUACAUAACCCAUCCCUCGCAUUCCCAUAAUCCAUGUGGGACUUGGAUUUAUGCAAAAACCGAAUGUUAUAUUUGAUAAUGUGCCUUUUUUAAAGAUGUUCAGUAAAUGAGGUUGUGAGCUUGAGUAGUACAUUGUUUGCCAAUGAAGGAAGGCAGAUCAUGUGGAAAAAUAAUUGGUUCAAAGGUGAUAUUCAACCGCUAUUGCACAUAUUUGUUCUCCAAAAAGUUACUUAUUGUGUAUGUUCAGCACAGGCAGUCCAGCAAUAAUAUAGCAAUACAUGUAUGCUUUGCCAAGUGCUAGAUUAUGUGGAAAAUAGUUGUGCAUGUAGCUAAUGCAUCUGAUAUGAUGUACCAUUUCUGAUAUUAAAUAGAUCAAAUAGUUAUAACUCUGGUUGUUGAAAUACACGGUAUGACUUUGUAGAAAUACAGAUAUCUUAAAGCAAUACUAGAUUUCUUUCAAUGCAUAUUAUUACUUAUACACUAAAUGAGUCAUGCACUACUGACAGGCACCAGAGCUUCCAUCCAAGUUAUCUGAUGUCCAAUGCAAAAGAUUGAUUGAGGCUAACCUCAUGUUGUAUUGCACAUGUACACAUCACCCUCACACUUUUUAAAAAUAAUUGUACUGUAUGAAAUGGAUGUGAAAACAAUGGUUGCUCUCACAAAAUUAUAUAAAUGAUAUUUUCUGAAAUAAAUAUUCUAAACUUUG